AUGAGCUUACUGCCAGAGCCAUCAACGGACCCUCCUCAACACCUCCAUCCUCUUCGACGAGACUUGCAUCGACAACAAAUGGAACCGCCGACAACGGGAUACAACCAGGCGUGGACGCCAAUUGGGUAUGUUCUUGGUCAAUUCUAUCAUCCUCCCUCGCAUGCCAUUCAGGUUGUCCCUCACCCAGACCGCGAGGGUCCAACCACGACUGGACCUGUCGAGCUGGACGAUGUUGACGAGCAAGGCGAGGGAAAGCCAAGAGAAUGCCCGCUUUGCCGUCGCCCUUGGUCCCCCGUAAUCACCCCAUCAGCUCGUCCUUCGCGAACGUUAGGCCGGGGAGACUCGAGCUAUUUUCGCGUUCUUGAGCGUGCACAUGGGUUUAGUCAACCUGGAACUCCCAUCGAUGCUGAGAGCAACAGGGACUCAACGACCCCUGUUGAGCCGUCAUCUACCUCAGGCGCUGAUGACAUGAUUGACAUAAAUGACCUCCCUGCCAUGGGCUACUAUCGCAGGUUCUUCAAAGAAGAGGCUCGCCUUGGGAUCGGAGCGGAGGGUAGUGUCUAUCUGGCCACACAUGUCAUUGGUGGCAAUGCUCUAGUGAAGAAGAUCGCCGUUGGUACUUCGAAGACGUACCUGGUGCGGAUGCUCCGAGAGGUUCGUCUCUUAGAAGCUUUGCGGCAUCCGAACAUCAUCCCCUACUAUCACUCAUGGGUGGACGAGACACAGUUCUCGUCGUUCAGUCCUCCUAUCCUGGCACUGCAUGUGCUCAUGAUGUACGCCUCUGCAGGGAACCUCGAUGCGUUUCUCAUCAAUCGGAGCCACGCCGCUUCCGUUGACACAGAGAGCGCAGGCGGAUUAGCGCUGAACGACGACUUUGAACACUUGCCGAAGGCAGAAAGGAUCAAGGCGUUCAAACGACGUCGGCAGAGUGGAGUGGGUCGUGUGAAGGGCGAAAGUAGGGGCGUUCUUCUUCUUGGCCUGGAGGAGGUGUCGAAGCUGUUUGGAGAUGUCGUAGAAGGCUUAGCAUUCCUUGCUCCAGAGACCAUAAUCAUGGACGUAAACGGCGACUGGAGACCGUCUGACUCUCAUGCUGACAUGUGGUCACUUGGUACGGGCGGUCAUGUCUUCUCUGCUCACUCUGCUUCCGACGACCUAUCCGCUUUACACGAGGAGAUCAUUCGAUAUCGCGGGUUCCAUCCCACUCCCGAGGUUAUCGAGGUGUGUGAGAGAAGACACAUUCCUCGAGCUAUGCUCCUCCUACUUGAGAAACUUCUGGACCUGUCACCUGAGCAGCGGCCGAAUGCAGAACGCGUAAAACUCGCGCUAUCUCGAUUCAAAAGCAGUAGUCUUGGAAACAAGCUUGGAAGUCUAUGGAAAAACAAAUUCAAAGAUAAGAGACGGCAAGAGGUAAGUGGAGAAGGCAACCACGCUGACGUCGAGAAACGAGCCGCUGAUCGGUCUCCCGUUCGAUCCCUACUCGCUCUUCCGUCUCCUCCCGGUUAUCCGGAGGUGAAGGUUGCACCAACUGAACCCGCGGUGGAGAUUGAAGGCAUAGACUGGAGAAGGUAUGCGUGGUUGGCCCUGUUCACAUUGAAGCCGAACGUCCUUGGGGUACAGCUUCCACCGGCUGUCGUCUUGUGCCUUGUCAUCAUCGCGGUUGUCGAUGUCCCAUCAGACUCUACGUCCUUGGCCCUCAGCGGGGGCCUGCUACUCAUACAUAUAUCUGCGCUGGUUUCAGCCAAGCUCAACGCAGACGGGGCACGUCGAGGGUACGAGGUGCAUGAGUGUGGUACGGUGCGACUGCCUGUGACCAUCACAGCGGAAGCAAACGACCGUCGGAAAGGGACAAGGGGACGAUUUGCCAGGCGCGGACUACGGGCCAGCCGCGUCGGCGCGUGCAGUGUGCAGGGGGCGGAGGGGGAAUUAGAUGAACCGGAACGGACGGGCCCUGAGCCCUGCCGCCUCCAGGUUGCGUCCGCGGCUAGGAAGAAGGGACAACGCUCGGGGUCGGUCGCCUGGCGGACCCGUAUGGGACCUGAACCUCAGGUCUCCCAGUCAUCCAUAUCAUCCAGGCUGGGUAACUCAUUCCUGCCUGUCUGGUCAUUCCUGCAUCCUGGACACCACCUCAUUCUCCGUCGUAAACGCCAUUGCAGCGAUCGACCACCACCCCACGCCAUCACCCCUCACCGGCCUCCCGUCUCAACAUCCCAAUCAACACUCUUUUGCCACAUCUCUGUCCUCGGUCCCAGUCGACCUUUGUUUGCAUCGCGUCCUGCGAACGCAUGCGCGGCGGUCUCGUCCGCAGCUACUCAUCAAGAUGAUGAAUCGUCCACAACACCCACCUCCGAAGGUUUCGCAAUGAAGAGCGAUGCCGACGGCGCAGCACGAAACGGUCAACACCGACCGACGACCCCGCCUCUCCUCAAAGCUCCACCCGGGCAGACCUUUGGCGCGCACGUUCGGUUGUGGGGAGACGCGGAGAUUGCCUCAUUCCUCAACAUGUACAAGUGCGACCAGUACAUUGAGCUAUUCAAUCGGAAUGAUAUUGAUGGCAAGGUUCUGUUGGACCUUGACAUGUCUAGUCUCAAGGAAAUCGGCAUCAGCAAGAUAGGAGAUCGCGUCAAGCUAUUAGGGGGCGUGAGAGAUCUGAGGAAGCGUGCAGCGCGGACUCCCUCCUCGGCAAUACUCGGCGCCCGUAUGCUACCCACGCUCGUCCCUGCUGUGGAUGGUAGCCCUGUACCAACAAGUGACGCGCGUAGUUCUCAAGUCCAGAAGCGUCUCGCCACUGCUCUAUUCUCCAAAAGACUUGCGUCCUCGCGCCCACCGCCGUUGAAUCUGCAAAGACCGAACCCUCUACCCUCCACCGUCGAUGGAUCAGCAUCUGGCGGGUCACCGAACUCGCGUUCAGUGACCCCGAAGUCCGGCCCUCCCAAGCAAAUCUCGGCAUUGACGGAGGCAGGCAGCGCUCGGCCGCCUCUCCCUCCUCAGGAACCGUCCAUCUCCUUGCGGCCGCCUGCAGGUCGAGAGAUGAGAAGAUCGCCGAGCCCGGUAGCUGGGCAGACUCAUUCAAAUCCAAAUUCUAGGGGUGGAGUGCCAUCCGGUGACAUCCCUGCUCAGCUAGUUGAUGACUCUUGGACUAAUAUCAGUGCAGCGGCCAAAAGUUCCGAUCGCCGUCAAGGUGUUCAUCGAUUCGGGGAUGCCCGCGCCGACUUCAUGGUUAGUGGAAAGGCCAUCAGCCCCACUCAGCCACAGAUCCGGGAUAACGUACAACCACAUCCGUUUGCCAACGUCAUCCGAAAGGACGAUGCCAGCAGCUCCGAAAAUCAUAAACGAGGCGCGCCACCCCGUAAUGGUAUGCCUGCGAACUCGACUGGAGAGGCAAUUCAGCAUCGUACAAUUCCGCUGGAGGACCUGUGGCGCCACUUGGUCAAAUUCGUGAACUCUGAAGACGGGACUUCGAGAACCGUCAAUGUAUCGAACUGCACCAGCGGCUUAGCUGUUCUGGAUUUGGUCCUCAAAAAGUUCGGUAAGGGAGGCUCCAACUGGAACCCAGACUCCGAAUCUGGGGAUAGUGAUCGCCUAGAAUGGGACGGCUGGGGUGUCUUUACGCGGAAGGAGAACGGGGAGGAAGAUCAACAGUUAUCCGAGUCAGCUUUACUUGACAUAUGUCACGACCAGCGAUCCGUCAAGCUUGGCGGUCUUGACUCUACUGUCGUCAGGGAGCGGGGUCUCCUAAUCAAACGCGUAUCUCAACAGCCGAAUCGCAAAAACAUGGAGAUAUUUUUCGGCGAAGCUCCUCCUCCACCUGGAUCUCCAAACUCCCCUUCCCAUUACGGGGUACCGCGCUUAGGAAGGCAAGCCGAAGACCGACGCGACAGCGCUACGAAACCGGCAGCGAAUAAGCAGAUGAACCGAGCCAGUACUGUAUCGAUCAUGUCCGGACUUGGUGUCCCAGGAGCUGUGGAUGCUUCGCCUUCCGUCAAUACAUCCAGAGCGUCUUCGACUGGCAACGUCUCCUCCCGCACGAAGAGGAUGUACAACUUCUUUGGCCACCGUCCCCCCAGCGAACUCAUCUCCAAUCACCUCUCAGAGUACUUCCCCUCCGCUCGCAAGCGUGACUUGGAGAAAACUGUUCGGCAGAGCAUGCGCUUGUCUCAAGCGCCGGCGGAUCGACUUGGUCUAGGAGGAGCUCUUGGCGCUGCGUCCCCACUGUCGGCUAGCUUGGAAAACGUAGCCAGCCCCAAUCGUAAAGCUCGGCCGCCAUCUACAAGAACGGUUUCCUCUUCUACCACUCCAGCUGUGAUCCCCGAGGAAGUUGAAACUGCUCACCCGGAUGUGACAGGCCGAAACCGAGCGUCUGCUGAGCAAGAUGAAAACGGUGCCCCUGUCGGUAGCCACCCUCCACUUCUCCCGCCCUUUGAGUCCACAGGCGAGAGCCUUGUCGACUCAUUGCAGGAGUACUCUCCUGCGCCGACUUCCGUGCGUCCUGCCUUGCGACCCGGUCGAAGGGGCUCAACAGGAUCUACAUUGAGCCGUAUUAGCGUGAUCUCGUCCGUGAAACGGAACAAAGAUAAGAGUGAUACGGCGAGCCUCUUGACCGUGGACGAGAUAACGGCAGAGGUGGAGAACCGUCGAGCGAGCAUGGCUACUACAGACUUGUUUGACACCGACCCGUCGCUUACUUCCGCAUCCUCUUCUGUCAUCUCUGUUCCCGACAGUGAUGAUGACUCCAGCAGCUCUGAAGCUUCUGAAGACGAAGAAGAGGACUCCGCAACCAGUGAUGAUGACGAGAGGGAUCAGGGCCGAGCCUUAACUUCCACCGGCUCCCGCCGUAUGAUCAAGUGGAUCAAAGGUGCUUUGAUCGGUCAAGGCUCCUUCGGCUCUGUGUUCUUGGGCAUGGAUGCGCAAUCGGGCCUUCUUAUGGCAGUUAAGCAGGUGGAGCUUCCUUCUGGUGACGCUCGCAAUGAGGAGAAGAAGAGAAACAUGGUACAAGCUCUUGAAAGAGAAAUAGAGUUACUCAAAGAACUCCAGCACGAAAAUAUCGUGCAGUACCUGGACGGCAACCACUUGUACAUUUUUUUGGAGUAUGUGCCGGGUGGCUCGGUGGCCGCAUUGCUCAACAAUUACGGUGCAUUUGAAGAAGCCCUCGUGCGCAAUUUCGUUCGUCAAAUUCUGACGGGCCUCAACUAUCUUCAUGAGAGAGGCAUUAUUCAUCGCGACAUCAAGGGUGCUAAUAUCCUGGUCGACAACAAGGGGGGCAUCAAAAUCUCUGACUUUGGGAUAUCAAAGAAGGCCGAGAACACCAACCGACCCUCUCUGCAGGGUUCCGUUUUCUGGAUGGCUCCAGAGGUCGUGAAGCAAACAAUCUAUACGUCGAAAGCCGAUAUCUGGAGCGUCGGUUGCUUGGUAGUUGAGAUGUUGACCGGCACACAUCCCUGGGCGGAGCUUGAUCAAAUGCAAGCGUUCUUCAGGAUCGGAUCAAUGGCACGACCCGCCACGCCUAGUGACAUCUCGACGGAUGCGGCAGAGUUUUUGCAACGUACUCUAGAAAUCGAUCAUGACCUACGUCCCACAGCGUCGGCGCUACUUGAACACACCUUCAUCACGGCACAGGCUGCCGCAGUCCCUGGGGCCGUAUCCAUUGAGCAGGCAAACGCCACAAUGGAUGCGGUCGCUGCCGCUCGACGGAAUCCCAUGCCCGGUUUACCCCCUGUUGUCUAG